ACAGCUCCUCAAGAUGAGCUACGGUCUCCGGCUGACCUUCGUGUGUCUGAGCCUCUUGGCUCCAAGGAUGUGCGUCCAGGGGAACCAGUUCAACAUCGAGGUCAGAAGAAGUGAUAAGCUCUCCCUGCCUGGCUUUGAGAACCUCACAGCAGGAUAUAACAAAUUUCUCAGGCCCAACUUUGGUGGAGAACCAGUUCAGAUAGCGCUGACUCUGGACAUCGCAAGCAUCUCUAGUAUUUCCGAGAGUAACAUGGACUACACGGCCACCAUAUACCUCCGACAGCGCUGGACAGACCCGCGGCUGGUGUUUGAAGGCAACAAGAGCUUCACUCUGGACGCUCGCCUGGUGGAGUUCCUCUGGGUGCCUGACACCUACAUUGUGGAGUCCAAGAAGUCCUUCCUCCACGAAGUCACUGUGGGAAACAGACUCAUCCGCCUCUUCUCCAAUGGCACAGUCCUGUAUGCGCUCAGAAUCACAACGACUGUGGCAUGCAACAUGGACCUGUCCAAGUACCCCAUGGACACGCAGACGUGCAAGCUGCAGCUGGAGAGCUGGGGCUAUGAUGGAAAUGACGUGGAGUUCACCUGGCUGAGAGGGAACGAUUCCGUGCGAGGGCUGGAAAACCUGCGGCUUGCUCAGUAUACCAUACAACGCUACUUCACCUUAGUCACCAGGUCCCAGCAGGAGACAGGAAAUUACACCCGGUUGGUCUUGCAAUUUGAGCUGCGGAGGAAUGUCCUGUACUUCAUUCUGGAAACCUAUGUUCCCUCCACUUUUCUGGUGGUGCUGUCCUGGGUUUCAUUUUGGAUCUCCCUGGAUUCUGUCCCUGCAAGAACCUGCAUCGGAGUGACCACUGUGUUAUCAAUGACCACACUGAUGAUCGGGUCCCGCACGUCUCUUCCCAACACCAACUGCUUCAUCAAAGCCAUCGACGUGUACCUGGGGAUCUGCUUUAGCUUUGUGUUUGGGGCCUUGGUGGAGUACGCUAUUGCUCACUACAGCUCCCUGCAACAGAUGGAAGCCAAGGACAGGGGGACGGCGAAGGAGGUGGAAGAAGUCAACAUCACUAACAUCAUCAACAGCUCCCUCUCCAGCUUUAAGCGGAAGAUCAGCUUUGCCACCAUUGAAAUCUCGGGUGACAAUGUUGACUACAGCAACAUGACAAUGAAAACCAGCGACAAGUUCAAGUUCGUCUUCCGAGAAAAGAUGGGCAGGAUUGUGGAUUAUUUCACAAUUCAAAACCCCAGCAAUGUUGAUCGAUAUUCCAAACUACUGUUCCCUUUGGUUUUUAUGCUAGCCAAUGUUUUCUACUGGGCAUACUACCUAUACUUCUGAGACAGCCUUGAACUUUGUGUUUGCCAUAGGUCUCCAGCAGAACAAGGUCAUGAUGUCAAUGGAAUUCUAGGCCAAACGUGCUCUCUAGCACAGUGGUGCCAAAAGUGGCUAAAAUGACACUUAUUUCUGUUCAAACGAUGAGUUCUCAGCUGUUAAAAAUUCUAAGUUGUGUCGCAGUCCAAACAUUAUAGGUUUUGUAAUGGAAACAUCAGCCUGUACCUCUUUCA